GGUCACUGUACUCCUGGGAGGAGCCCUCCCCAGCGUCCCCAGAGCUGCCAAGGUAACUGAGCUGCUAGGCCAUGGCCUCUCUCGGGAGUGGAAACUGCAGUGGCAUCCCAUCACAGACUGGCGUCCCAUCGCAGACGGCCGCCCCGACGCCCUGGGUGACCAUCUUGCAGCCUUUUCCUUGGACUGUCCCAUCUCCUCUGCCGCAGCCUAGCCGCGUCAAGGAAGACCUGCUGGAGCUCAUGAUGCUGCAGAAUGCGCAAACGCAUCAGCUGCUGCUGAGUCGACUGGUGGCCGGAGCCCUGAGCGCAGCGCCAGAGUGGCCCCGCCCACAGGUCUGCACGGACAGCCCGCAGGAGCAGGCGGAGGGAGCGAUGGAGGCCGAGGCGCAAGAAGAAGAGCCUGUGGUGUUCCACCACCACUAUGUGCCUUGCCCUGUGACCUCCUUGGGCGCCAUGACACUCUGGCCAGCCUCAUUCUUCUCCGUUCCCCCACACCAGCCUCCCUGGCAGGGUACACCCAGGAUUCAGCACCAGCCCCCUGCCUCCAGGCAAAGGGAGGUGAGAGAUGUGCCCCCGCCCCCACCCCCCAGCGCCACAGGGACUGUUGGUGCAGAUGUACCCCCAGCUUCAGAUUACUACGAUGCUGAGAGCCUGCCGUGAAGACAGAGAUAGUCGCCAGCUUCUGCACAGGGCUUCGACAUUCUGGAGUGACUCUGUGCCCACGCUGGAGCCCUUCUUACCCACUCAAGCCCUCUACCCUGGGCCUCAGGUUCUACUCCACUAUCUUGAGCUGGCUGUUCUGGAGUGGAAACCCCUCAACUCCCUCCCUGACCCAGAAGCCAUAUAAACCCCAUUGAUCCAC